AUGAUUAAGUAUAUUUGUCCCUCAUUUGCAAACCCGUGCGAAAUAGGUUUAACCAACCAAAAUUCUUAUGGCACCACAGUUGCUGAACUUUUUCAGGUCUAUAUGUACCUCUUGAACCGUGAGAAGAUGUGCGUGGUUGAAGAGGAUUUUAUGUCACAUUCACCCGCCACACCAAAAAUGCGUGGAAUACUAGUCGAUUGGCUGAUUCAGGUCCAUACACGCUUCCAUCUCUUGCCCGAAACGCUCCAUCUCACUAUUUAUCUCCUUGACAUGAUGUUAUCUAGAACCAAGGUUGACAAGGGCGAACUACAACUGGUUGGAGUUGCAUCCAUGUUGGUUGCGUCUAAAUAUGAAGAGAUGUACGCGCCGGACAUUCAUGAUUUCGAAUACAUAACGGACAAUGCCUACAGCAAAAAGCAGAUAUUGAAAAUGGAAGCCAAGAUUCUUAUAGCGACCGACUUCGAUCUUUCACGUCCGCAUUCAUUGACAUUUUUACGUUGGUACAGCAAGGAAAUGAAAUUCGGAGUGCGGAUGCAUCACAUGGCCAAGUUUUUGAUCGAGAUGGCUUUCCUGGACUGCUCUCUUUCUUCGGUUUUGCCGUCCCGCAUCGCUUGCGCAGCCACAUACAUUGCUUCAAAGUUGUGCGAUACGCCGUACGACAGCGAAACAAUGAGGAAACUGACGGGUAUUACGUUGCGGGAGACUGAAGAGCUGGUGACGAUGUUUGCAAAAGUGGUUUUGAGGCUACACUCAUUACCAAAGCUGGUCGCUGUACGCGAAAAGUACUCAUCGGCUAAGACUUCGUUAGGUAUGGAGUCUGUGGCUCAAUACAUGGGCAGGUGGAUGGAAGUGGAAUUAACGGAUGGGAGGCUUAUACGCGGCCAAAUGAUGUGCACAGAUAGGCGGCCUAAUUUCAUUCUUGGCAGAUCCGAGGAAAGAUGGUCAGGUGAGACGGGUGAGCCAAGGGCUAUCGGUCUUGCUAUGGUCGGGCGACAGCAUGUGGUUCGCCUUCGUUUACUGCCUACCCCUCCUCAGCCGUCAAACAGUGACUCUUCGUUCACGUAA